CUGCUCUCAGCGUCGCCUCGCUGUUGACGACCCUAAAUUAGAUUAUUAUAAAUGGAAUCUUCCCAUCUCCAAGACAGUAAUUAAUCAAAUGAGGAAAAAAGGAUCGAACUUGGUGCUCUAAAGAAGUUUUGGCUGUUCGGGCUUUAUUGUAACUCUGCCAAGGUUGAUGCGCAGCAGACAGUGUCACAAAAAAUACUUUUGUUUUUUGUGUAAGAAAGUGGCAUGUCUUUUUAAUUGAAAAGCACUGAUCCGUGUCUUGACGCAUUGCCCAGGACUGUUUUGUGUGCUUAAAAUGGACUUGAAAGAUCUGCCGUGGAGAAUGCAAGGGAGCUAACAUUUGGAAACAACACAGAGACAAAAAGAGAGCAACUGAGACUCCUGGAAAGCUAAUCCCAGCAUGGCCUCAGUUCUGGACAGCGGCUGCUCCAUGGAGCUGAACAGCUGGAACAGCAGUGUGAGCAGCUCCGGAGCCUCCAUCCCCUGCAACCAGAGCAUCCUGCAGCUCGCCCCUUACUCCCCUGAAGCCACAGCAGCCUUCGCCACUGCCAUAACCUUGAUGGUUGUCUUCACCAUCGUGGGGAACAUCAUGGUCAUCAUCGCUGUCCUGACCAGCAGGUCCCUCCGAGGUCCACAGAAUCUGUUCUUAGUAUCACUGGCUGCUGCAGACAUUUUAGUGGCCACACUCAUCAUCCCCUUCUCUCUGGCCAAUGAGCUGCUUGGCUAUUGGUACUUCAAGGCUACUUGGUGUGAGAUCUACUUGGCGCUGGAUGUGCUGUUCUGCACCUCCUCCAUUGUGCACCUAUGCGCCAUCUCUCUUGACCGCUACCUGUCAAUUUCCAGGGUUACUUACGGGCGUCAGCGGACUCCCAAACGCAUCAAAGCCGCUAUUGUGGUGGUGUGGCUCAUCUCUGCCGUCAUCUCCUUCCCUCCCCUGCUCUCACUGAACAAAAGCGAGGCAGGGGACCUGGGGAUUGAGAGAGGACCUCAAUGCCAGCUAAAUGAUGAGCGUUGGUACAUCCUUUACUCCACCAUCGGCUCCUUCUUUGCUCCGUGUCUCAUCAUGAUCCUAGUCUACAUAAGAAUUUACCAAAUUGCCAAACAGAGAACACGUUGCCCACCAGGAGAGCCCAGGAAAGAUGGGGUCGGCUGUGCAACACCGAGUCAGCCUUCUAGACAUGCACAAGCCAACGGGAAGGAUGAUGAAGAAAGCACACCACCUUCAUCGAACAAAACCUCCAGUGCCAGACCCCCCACCCUUGCCAUCACCCCUUCUCCUUCCCUAGGAGAGUCUCAAACCUCCCAGAAUCCCACCUCCAAUAAUCUCCUGCAACCUCCAUGCCCUUCUCCAGCUAUUACCCCUGUCACUACCUCCCUUGAUAACUCUCCCCACGGCCCCUCAACCCCCUCCUCUGUGCCUCAGUCUUCCCCUGCCAAGACUAAAAAGAAGGGGAAGAAAGGCAAGUUUCAGGGAGGGAAAAAAGCUGACAAUAACAAUGGCGACAGCUCAAGCACGGAGAGCGACAUGGAGCACAGCCACGGAGGAGGCCGAGGCAGCACCAGCAUGCCAGGGUCACCUGCAGGAGGGGGGAUCCACUCCCCGGCCUCAGUCAAGCGCUAUCGGGACAUGAUCGCCACUUCAAAGGGCACUCGGCUGGUGCCAGGGAGAAAGUCUAAAACAGAGAGCAACCCUGGAGCAGCAAGGCGCAAAGCAAUGGUAAACCGAGAGAAACGUUUCACCUUUGUUCUGGCAGUGGUCAUCGGCGUCUUUGUGGUGUGCUGGUUCCCGUUCUUCUUCUCCUACUCUCUACAGGCAGUGUGCCCGGAGACAUGUGCCAUCCCAGAUCCACUCUUUACAUUUUUCUUCUGGAUCGGUUACUGUAACUCCUCACUCAACCCAGUCAUAUACACCAUCUUCAACAAAGACUUCAGAAAGGCCUUCAAAAAGAUUCUGUGCAGAAGCACCAAGGGCACUUUCUUUUAAUCCAGUGCAUGGGACAUGGACACAAAAAAAUGCCAUUUCUGAGGGCACAGAGAAAAAAUAAUUUUUUAGAACACUCAAAGGGCUGUUUUAAAAAAAUAUGUUGAACUGUGGAAAUUCCAGCAUAAAAUUCAGAACUGAAAGCCACUGUUUUACAGCCACAGUGUGUGCAAACAGGAAUCAUGGACUGUGAAAUCCUACUUUGCAGCUGAUACACACAUAAAGUAUUAUAGGGUGUGGGGUGAAAACAGGACAUGGAAUAAAGAGGCAAUGCAAGAGACACGAAAAGUACCAGAGAGGUCUUGAAGAACACAGGAAAACAGUUGAUAAUUAACUCCUGAAUAAGAACACAGACCGAUUAAUCUGUUAAUAUAUCUUGUAGUUAUUAAGAACUCAAAGACUAACAGGGAAGGAAAACAGGUAAAAAUAAGAAAAAGUGACCUUAGAUUCCUGACAGCCUAGGGCCCUUUAUUUAUCAAUACAGAGCACAUGGAGCACACAAGGUUAGUGGUGAUUUCUUACGUCUGCAGUCUUAUUUGCCCAGCUGCAGGGCAAACAUGUGUUCCUCAAUUUUUAUCUAAAAGUGCAACAACAAGAGAAGGUUUCUGACAAUUGCAAUGUGAUAACACAGACAAUGGAGCCCUUUCAAACUUAACUUGUGGACUUUUAUGUGGAAGGCCUUCAUGUCAGACACCUCGCUCUUGGCUUAGUAUGGGUCACAAUGGACACUCAGGUUGUUUGUAAUGCCAAGCUUGGCUUUCACCUGUCAUGAAAUACAGACUAAGCUGAAGUGUGGUGGA